AACAUAACAUCCAUCUGUUCUGUCCAUGUGCAUGUGCAAUGAUUCUACUCACUAAAGCAUGCACUGACUAACUUUAGUCGAAGCGGUGGUACCUAAAGCUUUUUUAUUAUUCCAGUUAGCAUAUUAAAUAAUUCAUCUGUGAUUCUUCCUGUUUUUGCGGAUAUGUAAUAAAGGAUGAAGGAACUAAUAGUGUCAACGUGUGAGAAAAACUUUAUCCGCCAAGCUGUGUCUCAAGGGAAGCGUCUUGAUGGAAGAAAAUUUGAUGACUUACGGAAACUGGACAUUAAAUAUGGAUUAGAAUGGGGCAGUUGUGUUACUACAUUAGGAAGUACAAAGGUGGUAGCUCAAGUUUCAUGCGACGUACAAGUACCUAAAACGUCAAGACCCAAUGAAGGUCUUCUGUUCAUCAACGUGGAGCUCAGUGGAAUGGCAUCUGUACACUUUGAGUCAGGAAAAAUAAAUGAUGCCGAGGUUAAGAUAAAUCGGAUACUUGAAAAAUGUUUCCGAGAAUCUAAGUGUAUUGAUUUGGAGGCCUUAUGUAUUGUUGCUGAAGAAAAGGUCUGGAAUGUACGUGUUGAUCUCAAUAUCCUAAACUAUGAAGGAAAUGUCGUUGGUUGCUGUUCUAUCGCGGCGUUGGCUGCACUUGCGCAUUUUCGACACCCUGAUGUGACAUCCACAGGAGAGGGGAUCAUCAUCCAUUCAGAAGCAGAGCGAGAUGCCAUCCCUUUAACUAUUCACCACUAUCCUGUUGCAGUUUCAUUUGCAUUAUUUGAUCAAGGGAAGCAUAUAAUACACGAUCCGACCGCUUUAGAAGAGCAUGUAUCUGACGUUCAACUAGUCGUAUGUGUCAAUAGCUAUAGAGAACUGUGCGGCCUUUAUUUAGAGGGUUCUUCCAUUAAAACUGUGGAUCUAGUGGUCAGGUGCUCCAGUCAAGCAGCUAAAAUAGCCAAGAGGCUUGUGGAUUAUGUGAGAGAUACACUCCAGGAAGACCAAAAUGUCAGGAAUUCCAACAUGCAAGUACCAGGCUUGGUUUCAUGUGUUAACGAAGACUCCUUGUUUGCUUUAUCGCAAGAGCGGCUAAUCAUCAAACUGACAGACAGGGAACUCCAGGAGAAAAUAAAAGAAUUGACCACAGAAACUGAAGAAAAAUUAGAUGUUGAAAUGAAGGAUUGUAGUAAUGAAGAUAUGAAAAUAGUCUCAACCGGACCCAGUUCUGCUGAAUUAGUCAGCAAUCUUGAUGUGAAGGUUGGCCUUGGUGAUAAAAAUGCAUGGAUGGUCGAUGAAGGUGGUGAUUAUUCCAGUGAGUCUGAAAAUUCAGAGGUGGAACUAGUCCAGGAAGUCAGUCGUCAUGAAAAAGUCAUUCAACUAGAAUUGAGUGGUGAUAGUGAGGAAGAAGAGGUAACUGUACUGAAACCUGAAAACCUUGAACAAAGAGAUUUGUCUCAAAAACUCCCAAAGAAGAAGAAAUCCGGAAAAAAGUAAUCUCCUUCUCCAAAGUGAACAACUUACAGAACCUGAAACACAGCAGCUGAAUUCAUCUAUGCUCCACUAACAUCUAAAAAUAUCAAAACUUCUGAUGAUGGUUUUUUGAAAAUACCGUUAUCUUACGGAUCUGUAUUAACUUUUUUUUUUUCUUUUUUUUUUCAGUCUCACAUUAAGUUGGGAUAGGCCCUCGUUAAUAAAAAAAAUAAAAAAAAAACCAUUCGCAGUAAAACAAACUAUGACCUCUAACAAACCUCAAAAAUGCAAUGUGACAGUGUAAGUCGGUAGUCACAUAACUCGGUUUGCGACGUCGCAGACUUCCUGUCGUACUUUAUUUUUUAUACAGAAAGCUACUUAACUGCAAUUCUUUAAAACUGCCGUGAUUUUUCUUUCUGUGCGAAGAAAAUUCUGCAAACACCUCAAGGAAUGAUGUUAAUUUGUUCUCCUUUAAAAAAAUAACAAAGGCAGAGAUUUUCAAACACCGCAAACGAGAUAUGUGGUUGCAGACUUAUGCCAUCGAAUGAUAAAGUAACUCAAUCAGAUAAAAGAAGAAAGAUAUUUUUGUGCUCAUAUUUUUAAAAUCAGAAAUCUAUACCUCAAAUCGUCGCCCUUCUGACUUCAGGGCGUUUCUCUGUGAGCCCCAAAAAGUAUGUAGAAUGAAUGGGCAAUAGGGCUCAUCCAAAAGUGUAGAUAUGCCCUUAUAUCAUAGGAGCGACAAAGUACAUGCACGGAAUGGAACUAAGUCACAUGUAGGUAAAGACGAUUCAGGGGUAGUUUCAAGCUGAUUCAGGUAACAAUUUUCUCCUGUCAGAAAUUUAAAGUUAAAAGAAAAUAAUUUUAAUUCGAGAAAAGAUGUUGAGCCUCACAUGUGACACAGUAUCUUGUGAAGCUUUAAAGAUUUAAACCACUUUCACUCGGUUCAAUCUUGAUGUGACUUGAUUCCGUUUGGUUAGGCAAGGUCCAUACCUACAAGUCUGCCUAGAAAGUUUUCAAAGAGACAAGCCUGCAUAGGCAUAAAAAUUUGUAAGGCAGUCCAGUAAAAGUAUGCUGGCCAACUGGUCAGGUUUGAAGCUAAUACGUGUUGAUAAAAAGUCUGAUGAAGGUAAGACUUUUUAUGGUUGCAGUAGGGUAUACUGCUCUCCAUUUGUGUAUUUCAAUUUUCUAUUUUUGUUACACCCCAGGACAUGCAUGAUUUCAAUGAAAAAAAAACGUAAUAAACUUUCAACUGUUUUAAUAAAUUUUCGAAGUUUCAAGA